AUGUACGAUUAUCGUGAAUAUCGAUUCAGAAACGAGGGUCUUGAAAUGUGCGCUUCCAAUGAUUCAAAAGUCCAGGCUCUUUGGAAAACUCGGAAUUCGUGGGAAAAGUUUAAUGACCAGUAUAAAUGCCGCGGAUUUGUUAAAAAUAUACAUGCAUGGGACUACGCUCUGACUAAGCAGUUCACUGUCUAUUUGGCAGAUAACGGUCAAUAUUUCACAAGAAAUGACUAUGCGGUUAUACACGGAAAACCUAAUGUAUGCGAAGAAAAGUUACGACCCAGAAUAAAUGAGUAUACCCAGGAAGAUCUAUUAAUGUGCAACGAUUCAAUCAUCAAUAUAAAAUACGAUGUUGAAUACAAAGUUCGGACUGACUUUUCAAUACUCUAUAAGAACAAGGUCAACAAGGUGUACGAUUACACUGAGUAUCGAGUUCUGGAUGAUGGCAUAAAGAUUUGUAACUCCACUGACAACUACGUAAGGAAUAUUUGGAAACUACGUAAUGCCUGGGUAAAGGAGAAAAUGCAUUACAAAAGCUGUAAUAAACCCAUGAGCAUCUAUAAGUUCCGCCAAAAGUUUUAUACUGUUCGUAAGGAUUUUAGCGUUCUCAUGCUUUUGCCAACAUAUCAGGUGAUAGCAAAGUACGAUUAUGGUGUGUUUGAAGGUAAACUUAGAAUAUGUGAAGAAAAAUUCAUAAAGUUUUCUCGCGUAAAAGACUAUGGCGCAGCUGAAGUAGCCUGCGUGCAGGCCCAAGGGAACUUGAUAGUGGGCCUGCAACCAUCACCCCAUGUUUUCGAUUUUCGCCGGCCGAACCGCCGGCUAAAUUCCCAUUGGCUAGCUGAGGCGAUCGGUAAUUAAUUAACCUAGCCCAUUGUGCAGGCACAAGGGAACAGUGAUUCAUCACAAAGGCAUAGACAAAGGCUCUCGAUAAGCUUAAAAUUUGAAAAUUGAUCACUUUUUUCGAUUACAAAUGGAACAAGAACAGACUGUUUAUUGUUUACUUGAAGGAAGACAUGUUUUGCCGUUAUGCCAAUGGGGAUUGCUUGUCGUGAGGUGUUGGAAUAGCAAAUUACGACUGGGGUAAACUAUAGUAACCUUUACUUGAGUUUCAUUAAUUUCAAACAGACUUCAGUUGAUACGUUAUGUGUUCUCACUUCCUCAAGAAAAUUAUCUUUUGGUUGAUGUUGAGAUGCAGUUGCAUGUAAGAACUGUAAGCCUAUUCGAAACACUUUGCGAUUUACAAGGCUUCGCAGAGAGAGCGAAACAGAAGGCGGUAUUAAAUUGCCGUUUGAAACGAAACGAUCUGGACUCGGAACGCUCUCUUCUUUUGUAGAGUUCUUUACCAAAUGAAAUAAAUUUCGUACUUUCCGCCGCCAACAAGAAUUGCACACACGAUCUGAUAAGUGAGACAAUUUAUUUAUAACAAUGCCAAUGGCGACAGCGAAGCACACAUAAUAUAAAUCCUAAUGUGGUCGCCCGACUUCCCUCAUGAUUUGAAGUUUGAGACUGGUUUUCUGUUGAAAUUCGUCCUAAUUUGCCUGUUCCGAUUUUAGUUGAAAAUGAGCACUUGCAAAUUUGGCAAUUACUGACUGCGUUGCUUGCUUUUUUGGAGUUAAAACGCAGCCAUUUACACAUUGUUUAUUAGUGUUCUGAAUAAGCAGAGAAAACCCCGCAACAUUUUAAUGCGAGUUUGUUUGUUAAUAUUUGGGUGCUGUCAUUGGUUCUUUUUUGACAAUUGACGCGCGAAUGGGGCGUGUUAUGAAAAGGGGCGUAUUUCAAAAUACCGGGCGAUGGUUGCAGGCCCACUAUCAAGUUCCCUUGGGCCUGCACGCAGGCUACAGCUGAAGUAGCAAUAUUAUGCGCUGUAGCGCUUUCUAUUAUUUCUUUGCUAUUGUUGUUGAUAAUUUAUUGCAUGCUUCCUGAACUGCGCACUCUUCCUGGUUUGAAUUUAAUGAGUUUUAGUUUCGCCUUUUUGUUGUUACACACUUACACUGCAGUAUGUGUUGCGCUGUAUCUACGUGUAGGUCAAGUGAUUAAGAUACCGUGUGACGGCAGGAUAGAAAUAACAGUGGGGUUUAUUUUUUAUAGCAUACUUAUGAAUGCUGCCGCUAAUAUCUAUCACUUAAGAAAAACCUUUUGUGGCAACACUCUUGUGAAAUGCAAUACUCUUGUGAAAUCUGAUGAAAACAAGUGGAAAACGUUCUUGAAGUAUAGUCUCUUUAGCUGGGGUGUUCCUGUCAUCAUAACUAUUGUUGGUAUUGUGCUUGUGAAGAAAGAUGUUUUAAGAUUUCAAAGAGAUAGUACUGGUUGUGUCAAGGGUAACGAACUUCCUCUUUGGUUAGCUGUUAUGGCACAAUAUGGUCUUCUGGGUUGUCUUGUCUUGUACAUCAUUGUAAUGUUCUCCCUCACUGCUUAUCGAAUUCGCCAAAAACUCAAAGCAAUCAGGAACAUUGCACAGAAAUCAAAUAUUGUUAAGAAACGCAAUAGUUUUGUCGUAUUGCUUAAGUUGUCAACCACUACUGCCAUAAGCUUCUUUCCUAUUUUGUUUUUAAAGUUCAUGGAAAAAUUAGAUGUUAAAAUCAAACUAACGUUAUUGACAGUAGCGUCUCUUACUGGUGUCUACAUAGGUAUUGCGUUUGUCGUCACUAGAAAAAAUUACAGGUUGCUUAAGAAGAAGUAUUUCCCAGCAAAAAAGAAACCAAUUAACGCGUAG